AUGGGAUCAACUUUGCUCACCCCCUCGAGUUGGCUCAUCAAUGCUAGCCAUCUGAUCGGAGAACAGAGUCCGAUUUGUCCUGCGGGGAGCAGCAUCACGACGACGCAGAAAGUGCUGCUAAAAACUUAUCCUCCUACUAGUCCAUUGGAGAAUGAUCUUGACGAUUAUGGAAGCAUUGGGAAUGCUAUUCCACAAUUAGUGGUUACUGGCAUCAUCCUUGCAACCGCAGUGGUACUCUUUAAAAAGAACUUUAUUGAUGGCCCUGGAUUUUGUCGUGCUUGUUGGACGUUAAUGUUGUUCGGUAGUGAUGUUCUAGGUUCCACGGAAGUUAAGUCAGUAACUACCACGUUAAUCACAAUUCACAUAGGUGUGAAUUCGCUUGGACUGUCGUACUGGAUAGUUUUAGAUGUUAAGGAGUACAAAAGGAAAAAAACAUGGCCUUCAAUGGAGCUACUGUUUGAAACUGGAGUGUGGUUUUUUAUGUUUAUUUUGAGUUGGGUUGAGUUUAUGUCAGGGAGAUUGUUGAAGGGCACAGACUAUUUUCAGGUAUAUUAUUGGUAUCCAAUUGCAAUAGCUCUUUUUUCUAUGAUUGAAAUGUAUUUGACAAGAAAUACGGAAACUGGUGGAGAUGAGUUGAAAUCAGAAGUGAUUGGAAAUGGGGAAAAGGCCUUUGAUGAUUUUGUAAGAAGUUGCUUGAAAGAACCUCAAAAUGAUAAUAUAACUAAAUUCGAUCAAAAGUUUGAUGAGUUCAUAAGGAUGUUAUCUACUUUAGUAGCUCAACGGCAGGAGGCUCUAAAAAUAGCUGAGCAGAAGGAGGCUCCGAGGCACCGCAGCAGAGUGAAGUCCAAAACUAAUAAUAAUGAUCAGGAAAUCGAAUCAAUGGAUCUCUAG